UAGCCGGAGAAUGGCAUCGGUUUACUCCACCUUAACCUACUGGCUCGUUAACCACCCCAACAUUGCUAAUUUUACGUGGACUGAAGGUGAAACUCUUGGCUCCACAGUCUUUUUCGUCUCCGUUGUAGUCACCGCUUAUCUAUCCGCCACAUUCCUCCUCCGACAUGUCAUGGUUUCACUCCCCUCACUCGGUCCACGAAUGCUCAAACCCAUCACAGCCGUCCACAGCCUCAUCUUGUGCCUCCUCUCCCUAACCAUGGCCGUUGGUUGCACUCUCUCCCUAGCCUCGUCGUCUGACAUUGUGCCCUCACACCCGACAGCUCGUUUCUUCCGGGCGAUUUGUCUCCCUAUGGACGUGAAGCCUAGCGGACCGCUCUUCUUUUGGGCUCAAGUCUUCUACCUCUCGAAGAUCCUCGAGUUUGGAGACACACUUCUAAUCAUACUCGGCAAAUCAUUCCAGCGGCUCUCGUUCCUUCAUGUGUAUCACCACGCGGUGGUUGUGAUCAUGUGCUUCCUCUGGCUCCGAACCCAACAAUCUAUGUUUCCGUUCGGGCUUGUGGCGAAUUCGACAGUCCAUGUUAUCAUGUACGGUUACUACUUCCUCUGCGCCGUAGGAAUGAGGCCUAAGUGGAAGAGGCUGGUGACGGAUUGUCAGGUCUUGCAGUUUCUUUUGUCCUUUGCAUUUGGCGGUUGGAUGUUCCAAGAGCAUGUUUUCGGGUCGGGCUGCUCCGGUUUUUGGGCUUGUGCUUUCAACGGUGUGUUUAAUGCUUCUCUUUUGGCUCUCUUCUUCAACUUCCGUUCCAAGAAUUAUGCGAAUAAGACAAGACUGGAUACGUGGGCAGAAAUGGUUAAAGAUGUGGGCAAAAAAGCGAUUAGAUCCAAAAAGACUGAUUAAAUCAUUUUGAAUGGUUAAAUAUCGGUCUCUUGAUGUGUUGUUACUCGAAAUUGA